AAUAUAUCAUGAACCACAGUACUGUCCCAGAUAUUCCCGGUAUUCCUGUUCCUGACAGUGAUUGGCUCAAAAGAAAAAUAGCUAGUCUAUUAGGACAAAGAUCUUAUAGAUUCCCAGGUGCACAACCCAUUAGCUUUGGUACAGCAGAACUAAAGGAAUUAGAAGAGGAAGAUUACUUUGUUGCUGAAAAAUCCGAUGGAGUCCGAUGUCUAGCUUUUUUGACCCGAAAUAAAACCACGGGUGGACCUGAAGUAUAUCUUUUUGAUAGGAAAAGUAAUUUUCAUGUGGUGACAAAUAUGUACUUUCCUAUUCCUCAAGAUACAGAAUUUCGAAAAUGUCAUGAUGAUACUAUUAUUGACGGCGAAUUUGUAUUAGAUAAACAAGAUGAUGGAUCGUUGGAACUCAAGUUUUUAUUAUUUGAUUGCUUAAUGGUUGGUGCCCGCGUUUUGAUAAAUCGUGAUUUACAAAAAAGACUUGGAUAUUUGAAGAAUGAAAUUAUAAAACCACAUCAAAAAAUGCUGAUACAACGACCAGAUAGGAAGAAAAGUCAACCGUUCACUGUGGAAUUCAAGGAACAACAAUUUACUUAUCAUCUCGAUGUUGUCUUCAAUCAAAUUAUGCCCAAUCUGCGGCAUGGUAGUGAUGGAUUAAUAUUUACUUCUGUCAGUUCACCAUAUUAUCUUGGAACAUCAAAGAAGAUGAUCAAAUGGAAACCAGCGAAUGAAAACUCGGUUGACUUUAAGGUCCGACUCCAAUAUGAACAAAGCAGUACUAUACCUGGUGCUAUUGAUGCAAGCAAAAAACCAAAAAUUGAAUUAUUAGUAUGGCAAGGUGGCACUGAUUAUAGUUAUUUUACGGAUCUUGGGAUUACUGACAAGGAAUGGUUUGAUACAUUUGGUAAAAAUCCAGGACGAUUUGACAAUAGAAUCAUUGAAUGCAACUAUGAUCCAGAACUUCAAGAAAAGUACCACUUGACGUCUCCCUGGCGAUUCAUGCGAUUUCGUGAUGAUAAACCAGAUGGCAAUCAUCAAUCUGUGGUUACAAAUGUGAUGAAAAGUAUUGCGGAUGGUGUAACAAAGGAACAGUUGAUUGAUCAUCUUGAUGUGAUUCGACAGGCUUGGAAGAAAAGAAAUGAACGCAAGUACUAGAUUAGAAAUUUGUACAUACAUAUACACACAUACAUGCAUAUAUCGUCCCUCUUCUCUCUACACAUAAAUUAGAUAGAUCGAUUACUUAUUUACUACUGAUUUGUUGUCCUCUUCUUUUCCGUUUUUCUUUCUUUCUUUUUUUUUUUUUUUU